AUGGGAGGUAUACGAAAUGAUAAUGUAAUACAGGACAAUGAUAAAAGUAGGAAGGGUAAAGAUUUCUCCGAUACUGUUCAAGGGGAAGAAUUAGAGUUCAGGAAAUCUACACAAGACAAUUUCCCUAUCAAGCAUAAAAUAUCAAUAUUAGGAAGGUAUUCACCACCUCAUGUGCUUUCUAAAUUUUCUCCUGAUCAAUUAGUAAUGAUGUCAGGAGCUGCAUCAGGAUUCUUAGCUGGAGUGGUGGUAUGUCCAUUAGAUGUUGUUAAAACACGAGCUCAAGCCCAAGGAUCAAAGAAUGGGUAUAUCAAGACAUUUAAAGGUAUAGUUGAGAAUGAAGGGUUUAGAGGAUUAUAUCGUGGAUUAGUACCCAUAACUAUUGGAUAUUUACCAACAUGGACGAUAUAUUUUGCAGUUUAUGAAAAGACAAAGAAAUUCUAUCCCACAUUCUUCAAGGAGAACUUCAACAUUGAAAAUGAUUUCCUAGAUCAUUUCUUUUCGGCUAUAACUGCCGGUUUAUCAUCAUCAAUAGCAGUCAACCCUAUUUGGGUAGUCAAGACCAGAUUAAUGAUUCAAAGUACUAGAUCAAAAGAAGGAUUGAAUCAAUUCAAACAAACUUAUUAUAAUGGGACUGUGGAUGCGUUCAAGAAAAUGUACAAAGAAGAAGGGUUAUCAGUUUUCUAUAGUGGAUUAGUCCCAUCAUUAUUUGGAUUGAUUCAUGUAGGAAUUCAUUUCCCAGUAUAUGAGAAAUUGAAAGACCUUUUCAAUUGUAACAUCACCGACUCAACUACAAAUUUACAUCAAAAUGGAAUACUUUCCAGAUUAUUAAUUGCAUCAACAUUAUCAAAAAUGACUGCCAGUACCAUAACAUAUCCUCAUGAAAUCCUCAGAACAAGAUUACAAAUGCAACAUUUACCACAUCACGGCAAGACUGAGAAACAUGGAAUCAUUGAUGUUGGUAAGAAAAUCUAUAAAAAGGAAGGACUUCGAGGGUUUUACGCUGGUUAUGGAGUUAAUUUAAUGAGAACCAUUCCUGCCAGUGCUGUAACAUUAGUAAGUUUUGAAUAUUUCAAGACAUAUUUAUUAGAAAUCAGUGGACAUAGUAAUCAAAUAUAA